UCGUAGAAAGCACAUCUCGAGUAAGGGUGGUAAACGAUAGAGGUUCAGAAAUUCUUGGCAAACGUCUCAUAUAAACCGCAGAAAUACCUAUUUACCCGCUAAUAAACGUAACGCUGCACACGCCUAAAACGCGUGGCGGGGGUUAAAAACUCGAGGGACAAGUGUGUUCGAUAGAAAUAAAAAAAAAAUCGAAAGUAUACAUCCACGGAAGAAGAAGGAAGAGGAGGAGAAGAAACUGUCGCCAAAAAUUCAAAAAGGAGUCAAAAUUAUGGGGAGUAAAUAUGUGAGCGAAGAAGAUACGAGGAGAGUGUCGUGCCUUUUUUUCCUUCCUCAUUUUUCCCUGAUAUUGAACAAUUUUUUAUACGUUGAAUUAAAACACUGAUCGCGGUCAGGAGAAAGCGGGUGGUUUUCUUUUCUCACUUUUUUUCUUUGCCUAAUCAUAGAUUUCUGGAUAUUUGAAAAUAAAAUACAUCUUUUGAUCGUUGCGAUUAUACCGUCCUUACAAAUCUACUGCGCAGGCGUUUAAUGGAUUCAAUAUUACACCGAAUUGACAUCUCCUGUUCAUCCAUACCAUGUUAUAUAUAACAGUGCCGAAAAUAUAUUUAUAAAAAUUUUCGAACGUAAAUUCAGGCGAAAACAAAAUUAUCGGUCACUCCAGCGUGCAAUUUCACGUCCCGUGUAAUUCGAUUUUUUCCUAUUUUUUUCGUUGCGAUUUUUACUCCUCCAAAGACGCCCCACAAAAUGGACUUGAUGUGGAUCUAAAUAUAAUUAGAGAUGAAUCAAAAGCCUGCCUUGUUUAUAGCCGAAGAUUGUUGUUAAUGAUAAAAUUUCAAAUAAAUAAAAAAAUAAAUAACAAGAAAGUAAUCAAUUGUAAAACAACGAGGAAUGACUGUACGUGAUGAAUUAUUCGACAAGCGUCCGUGAGAGCGAAAGAAAAAUAUUGAAAAAAGAAUCAAUCGUUGAUUACGUGUUUGUAAAGUUUUUCCAAUGACGUAAUGCUUCGCGGCGAAGCUUUAAACUUUGGUUUUUCACCCUCGUGGAGGUGCGGGCGGUGUCGUAUAAAGUCAACACACAAUUACAGACGUACGUUGCAAGACGUCCAGCUGCGUGUCGAGUCAACCUCGAAAGUAAACGUGUAAUAUUAUACAUUUACCUUAUGUAUACUUGUACGUGUAUGAUACGCGAGCCGAAGGUACAGGCAUGGCCUUAAAAGCUUGUAUAAUAAUUGUGGAGAUUUCUGUAGAGAUUGGUGAAUUUUUAAGGUCUAUCUUUUAUACGCGUGCGCGGCGCCUUGACGACGGGACGCCCGGCGUCGCAACCCCUCAGAGUCAUAUCAAAGUUUCGUCGUGUGUUAGCACUAUAACAGCAAAUUUAAAUCCUCUCAAUAAACUAUAACAGAUUUCGCAUUCUUUCCUCACGUUACGAUAAUAACAAUAAAAGCAACAACAAAAAAAAAGUAUAAUAAUAAUAAUAAUAAGACUAAUAGUAAUUGCAACAACACGUUAUUCCUCAUUACGAAUUGAUUUUUUUUUUGCUUCAAAUUUUUAUUUCUACAAAGACGGUGUUAAUUGUUCUUAUAAUAAGUAUAAUAAUAGAGCAAAUAAGAAAUCAAAAAAAAAAAAAGAUAAAUAACAAAAUAAUAAUUAAAUAAUAACUCCAACGAAAUCACAAGUGAUAUAAUAUUACUGUAAUUUAAUAAAUUUAUAUAAUUGGCUGUGCUUUAAUCGUACGUUGUAUAAUAAGUAGAAUAAUUUUGGAUCUUGAUGUUAAAAAAAAAAAAUUUCAAAAUAAAUCGAAGAAUAAAUUGAAUACAUUUGAAUAUAUAUGGAGAAAAAAAAAUAAGAACUUGAUAAAUAAAAUUUUUACACGACUUUUGCGACAAUCAGUUGAAAAUUUUAUUUUGGUUAUCGUUGUUUAACCGAGGGCUUUUUUCUAAUAAGGAAAUCGUUGUAUUUUUACUAUGAUAUAUAUACGCACACCGACGAUCGUUUAGCACGUUGAAAUUCACCCGUACCGUGCAGUGCAUUUAUUAUAUUUUUAAAAGCUUUUUCAAAACGCUUCGACUGCUGUUCUCCGUAUAACCACGUGAGCAUAUACGGAAAACUAAUUAGAGUUAAAUAAUAAUCGGCCUGCCGAGGUUUAAAAUACAUAAAGCUUUUCGAAUCAAUUAUACUUGUUACACGUAUAAUAACAUAAGCUUGUGCAUAUCAGUAAUUUAAUUUUAUCAAACCGUUGAAAGAUAUUGAGAGAAAAAAAUUGAAACAGAUGAAGAAAACUGUAGAAACCAUAAACCAGUGAUUAAAAAUAAAAUAUGUCAUUUCGUUCGAUACUUCGUAAAUGCAUCAAUAAAACACGUCGAUUGAUAAGCAAUUUUUUAAACGGUUGAUCGGGAGAGAGACGACUGUUUCAAUGAAAAUAUAAUCAAAUAAAAUGAGUAAAUAAAGAAAUAAAUGAAUGAAUAAAUUUAAUUAGAAAAAACAAUUGUUAUCGUCGGUGCGACUAGAGAUCGCAUUUGAUUUCGGUCAAUCAUGACUUGACGAAAAUCCCGUAGGCGGAGUACAGACACAUGAAAUCUUGGAAGAAGAUCGGAAAAAGCGGGGAAUUUAAUCAUUACGUAUCGACUGAAUAAUAUGUUACGUAUGUAGCUGCGGGCCAGGCUCAUUUGUAUUCCGAUAGAAAAUUUAAAUAAACAAAAAAAGUAAGGGAGAAGAGGUACGACAUCUCGCCAUGACAAAAUACGGAUUUGCCAGAUGGGCGCUCUGGCGUUCACGACGUUCGCCUUCUUCUCAUCCGCCCAGCAAUCAGGAAAACAACCCUUUAAUGGAGGGAGAAGGAGGCGGGGGCGGCGGAGGACGAGUCGCUUCCGGAGGAGGAGGAGGUGGGAGAAGAGCACCGAGCCUUCGUUUGGUCAACGGAAGAGCAACCGGCGUUGGAGGACUCCACACGAGUAGCACGGAGUCAGUUAGAUCGCAUCAUCAUCAUCUGAGCCAACAGAAUAAUCACAACAACAACCAUCCGAGACUCAAUAAGGAUGACAGUAUCAAAAUCAGUAUCGAGAACACCAAUACUUGCACCGAUAGCCUCGUCACCGCUUUAGACGACGAGACCCUUCUGAUCACCGAUUUCCUCGGCGACACCGGCAACGAGAUGAAUUACAAGGGUAGUGGCAAGGUCCAUUUCGGCGUGGACGAUGUCUCGCUGUACGGUACCCCGAAAGAGGAACCUGGACCGGGAUUACCCGGGCAGGAGGUCAAGCAGAGUUUUCUCAAGAACCAACUGCAGGCCCUCUUUCAACCGACCGACAACAAGCUGGCCAUGAAAUUGUUUGGUAGCAAAAAAGCUCUUAUGAAAGAACGCAUACGACAAAAGGCGGCGGGUCAUUGGGUCAUACAUCCCUGUUCGAGCUUUCGAUUUUACUGGGACCUGUGUAUGCUCCUGCUGCUUGUCGCGAACUUGAUCAUUCUACCGGUCGCAAUUAGUUUUUUCAACGAUGACUUGAGCACCAGGUGGAUAGCCUUCAACUGCCUUUCAGAUACGAUAUUCCUCAUAGAUAUUGUCGUCAAUUUCCGGACGGGUAUUAUGCAACAGGAUAAUGCCGAACAGGUCAUCUUGGACCCGAAACUCAUCGCUAAGCACUACCUCAGAACGUGGUUCUUCCUGGACCUAAUCUCCUCCAUACCUCUCGAUUAUAUUUUCCUAAUUUUCAAUCAAUUUCAGGACUUCAGUGAGUCAUUCCAAAUCUUGCACGCUGGACGUGCUCUGAGGAUUUUAAGGCUGGCCAAACUUUUGUCCUUGGUCAGGUUACUUCGUCUCUCCAGGCUCGUUCGUUACGUCUCGCAAUGGGAGGAAGUUUACAUCCCACUUUACCAACAGCCGGAGAGGCACUACGAGCGUCGGGCCACCCCGCCGCAACCAGACCGAACCAGCAAGAUAUUGCAGAACCUACAAAAAAAACGCACUGAGCGGAGGGGGCGCCUAAGCUCUGACAAUAUGAAUAAAAAGAAGUCCGGUUUCAGCAAAAGCAACCUUAUUUUUAAGUUCCUGAACAUGGCCUCGGUAUUUAUGAGAAUAUUCAAUCUCAUCUGCAUGAUGCUACUGAUCGGACACUGGAGUGGAUGUCUACAAUUUCUAGUUCCAAUGCUGCAAGGCUUUCCGAGCAAUUCUUGGGUCGCUAUUAACGAAUUACAGGACUCGUUUUGGUUAGAGCAAUAUUCCUGGGCUUUAUUUAAAGCGAUGUCACACAUGCUCUGCAUAGGUUACGGAAGGUUUCCACCUCAGUCACUUACAGAUAUGUGGCUAACAAUGCUCAGUAUGAUAAGCGGGGCGACGUGUUACGCCCUAUUUCUUGGACACGCAACAAAUUUAAUCCAAUCCCUCGAUUCAUCGCGGAGACAAUAUCGCGAAAAGGUGAAGCAAGUGGAGGAGUACAUGGCGUAUAGGAAGCUGCCCCGAGAGAUGAGACAACGGAUAACCGAAUAUUUCGAGCACCGUUACCAGGGGAAAUUCUUCGACGAAGAAUUAAUCCUAGGAGAAUUGUCAGAAAAAUUAAGAGAAGACGUUAUAAAUUACAACUGCAGAUCACUCGUCGCAUCGGUACCUUUCUUUGCGAAUGCCGAUUCAAAUUUUGUUUCCGACGUCGUCACAAAACUACGAUACGAAGUCUUCCAGCCAGGUGACAUAAUAAUCAAGGAGGGUACGAUCGGUUCUAAAAUGUACUUCAUCCAAGAAGGAAUCGUCGACAUAGUUAUGGCCAACGGAGAAGUGGCAACUUCGUUAUCCGACGGUUCUUACUUUGGUGAAAUUUGUCUAUUGACAAACGCUAGACGUGUUGCAUCGGUUAGAGCUGAAACGUACUGUAAUCUCUUCAGCCUCUCGGUGGAUCAUUUCAAUGCGGUUUUGGACCAAUAUCCCCUGAUGAGAAGAACCAUGGAGAGCGUUGCCGCCGAGAGGUAUAAGCUUUGGUUGAACAAAAUCGGUAAAAAUCCAAACCUGGUAGCCCACCGAGAAGAAGACUUGGGCAGCGAAUCCAAGACGAUUAAUGCAGUCGUCAACGCACUCGCUGAACAAGCGGCGCACGCCAGUGCGAGCGAAGAAUCGGUACACAGCAUGGAGCUCAGGGCUCUACCCUCCUGUCUUUUACCAAGACCAAAAUCUGAAAAUAAUUUUGCCAGCCAAGAGCUGACGCGCGAAGGACGACGGAUCUUCCACAAGAGUGAUACCUUCCACAAGGAUUCGUAUCAAUGACGUCACUCUAUGUACUAGCAAACACAGAGGUAUUAGUGGUCCGUAUUUACGCACUGCACUGCCAGACUUUCGAUAAUAAUAUUAAUAAUAAUAACGAUAAUGAUAAAGGACACUAUUUAUUUAGGUUUUAAAAAAAAAAAAAGUCUAAAUAUACGCAACGAUCGAUAUGUGAAAAUGGGCCAAACCCAUUGGCCCGUUCAUAGGUUUACGAAAUCCGAGACUUUUUAAUCAAUCGAACAAACUGCACAGAAUUUUCGAAAGUCAUAGCAAUGCGGUGAUAGAUACAGACCCGAACCUGUGCCAUGAGAGCAAUCAAGGAAGGGAACGGGGAACUGAAAUAUUCUCAAGUGUUGUCUACUCUUCGAUUUAUUUCUUGAAUGGACGAGGUGAUAUUCACUUACAUACGUUACGGCAAUUGUUCUUGUGAUAUUUCAAGUUCACCUGGCAACUAUAUCAUGGGCUCUUUGAAACACAGGUUUUAAUAAGCGUAUUGUUGCCAGUACAAGGGUGCUCUUAUAGUUCUAUGUUUAGCAAUAUUAAUAUUAUGAGUAUACACACAUAUAUAUUUUUUUUUCUCAGCGUUUGAAUCCCUGAACGUACAGCAAGACGGAUCUUUUUUUUACACUCGUUAAUUUAAGAUAUUUGUUAUAAUUUGCAAAGAUAUUAGAUAUUAAUUCCACACUCACUAAAGAUACCACAUGGAAGGCAGGGUAAUUUUAAUUAUUUAUCACUAAUUAGUAUGCAAACUUCAUUUUAGGAGGCUGUAAUAAUCAUGUAAUUAGGUACCCGUUCUUCGCUCUAAUAAAAAGAGUAUGUGUAUAUAUUUUUUUCUCUCUUCUACGUCUUUUUUCUUCAAUUUUAUUUUUAUACAGUCAUUUUGGGAUAGCAGCUACGCCUAUCUUCACAAAAGAUUCUGUCUUGCUGUAGAAUAGGUGUGAUAAACGUGAAAACAAAAUAACAACAAGCGCAGCGAGUAUCCUAGGCUUGAAAAAAGUUAAACUAUAGGGAGACUAGAUAACUAAUAAAGUAAUAAUGAUAAUUAAAAAUUGAAAAAAAAAAAAAAAAACAAUUAAUUUGACAAAGAUGCUCUGGGCUCAAAAACUCUGUUACCUUGUUGAAAGUUUUUGGGACCCCCGUAUAUAAUUAUGUAUGAGUGAUCAAUGGUAUAUAUAUGUAUGAUCUUUUUUUAAAUAAUUUUAUUUUUGCCAUCUCGCUCUCUCAAGAAGUAUAUCUUUUUACAGCGAAUAUAAAAAUGUAUUCUAAAAAUAGAUGAAGAAAAUGAAAGAGAAAAUCUAUAUUAAACCGUGGUAAAUUAUUGAUCAAAGUAACUAUGCUAUUCGUCAAAAUUGAAAAAGGUUAUUCAUAUAAUAGUAGCACGAAUAUUGUCAAUAAGGCCAGUUAUUCCAGCUCGGUGGUCUGAGAUGCGAAAGAGCAAAUAGUCACGAAUCACGAUAAUAUAUUUAAAAGAAAUGAAUUUAAGAAAAAAACGUAAUGAUAUUAAUAAUAAUAACGUUGAUCUGAGCGCGGCCAACUUAAUAAUUGUAUAAACGCGAGAUGCUGCAAUAAUUUUAGAUGCGAGGCAUACUUUUGUAGACUUAAACGUGUUCACAGUCUAGAAUCAGAUUUUUUAAAACUGUCAAAACAACAUUAAAUACAUAUGAAUAUAUGUUAUAUACAUACCGGUAUAUGUAUGUAAUACGUAUACAUAUAAAUUUAUAUGCUUACUACCGCGAAGAUACUCAUAACGCGAAUUAGAAACGUACCAUUAAUAGAUAAAAAGAUUUCAUUGCGAUAAGCUGACUAAUUAUUAUAGCGAUUUAGGUAUUUGCUAUAACUUGUAAAAUAUUGCUGUAGAUAAUGAGCACUUUUUGUAGAAAUUAGCCAACUGAUGAACGGUUAGUUUACAGCAUAUAUGAUGGGAUUCCCAGCUUUGCAGUGAAAUAUGACGCGCUAGUGAAAUAAUUAUUGCAAAUAUAAAAUUUUGCGGCGGUGUGUUUAGCAAAAAUCAAGUAAUGGAAAUAAAAAAAAAACAACCAAAAACAAUAAACCCAGAAACUUGUAACGUGACUACUUUUUAAAUACUGCAGAGUGUCUGGUGAGAGUGUAUAAAUAUAUACAUACAUACGCAUAUAUUUACCGAAACAAAAUAUAUAUAUUAUAAAUAUAUCUAUGUCCAAUAGAUACAUGUGUAAGUUGAGAUAAUGUUAUGCAGAUGUGAUAAAGUUGGAUAUGAGAAUAUGUCAGGCGACGAGAGUGACCAGCGAAAAUAGAAUUCACAGUUUAAACCAAGGGAAUUUCUAAGUUUGUAGUUAUCAAAAAUGCUUACCAGUUCUAUUGAUAUACGUAUAUCGAGUAAACCUUGUUGAAUUAUGUUGUACAACCCUGAACCAGUCAGGCUUCGCAUUGUAAGUAGACAACUGCAUUUCGUUUUGAUUAUUUAUUUUUAUUUUGUCUCUGCAUUGUCAUAACCGUAUAAUAGCAUUCUUAUUUAUAGAAUGUUAUGCACAAAGGUAAACGUUGAUACAUUCUGAAGAUAUUUUAUUUGAAAAAUAAAUAAUACCCAUAUGCACGCAUGGAAUUAUACUUAUGGUUUGUAUACCACGUUAGAUUCAACGGUACAAUUUUAUCGAGAUAUCUACAGUAACAUUUGUUUAAAGUAUUUUCAAAAUAUCAGACUUACAAAUCGCAAUUUAUAUUCUCGAUUCAUCUUCAGUUUUGAACAGCAAGUUUACAAUGACAUUCCUUUAUCAACUGCACUUAUUCAGUUUGCACAGCAGAGUACACUUUACAUUAAUCAAUCCGUCAAACACGUAGAAGCUUCCGAACUAUUGAGGUUCUUAGUUAAUUAGAAUUACACGAAAUCCUUGAAUGGAUAGAGCGUUUCAACUCUCUAGUCCUGCUGCGCCUCACCACUUUCCAAGUAACAUAUAUGCAAUGUACGAUUGAUUUCAUUUGUGAUACCAAAUAAUUGGCUAGAAAAUAUUUUUCAAAAACUACACAAUCGCGAGUUUUUUCUUUUCACUUGCAACGGAAUUAAUUCCUUUUUUCUUAUAAAUUUCGUUCAACUUUCGUACGUCUACAUCCCAUUGUGUACAAAAAAAUUCGAAGUGCACAUAAACAAGGAGAGAAAAAAACAAAUAUAAAAUGUAAUCAAGCAAAAAUGAAAAAAGUAAAAAAAAUAAUGUAGCCAGCCUUGUACAGAAAAACCCUAGCGUCAAUUAUAUAUAUAUCUAUAUAUAAUUGAAGGUAAAACGUGAAACAAUAUCGAUUAUAAAUAUUAAAAAUAACUUGUACUAUAAUAUAAGCACACGUUUGUGCUACAAGUAUAUAUAGUAUACAUAUAAAACAUUGAAUCAUACUGUUAUUACUGCUUCAUACUCUGUUACUCGUGCAACUCUAGGUUCUGUUCAAGUUUUUGAUAAACUUGUUUUAACGUUUAAAAAUUAUUCUUAUCAAUGAAAUUUUCUUUGUGAUUUAAAUUAAUAAUUGCCAAUUUUAUAAUCCGACUGAUUCAUAUCUUAAAAUCUCUUGUUGAUAAGUGCCUGUGAAAAUAAUCGAAACUCGGCAUUCUUAUAUGAUCUUAAUGAUUUGGAAGAUGAAAAAAGUUUUGCCAUCCUAUGAGAUGGAAUCAAAUGUUCAACAGAACCCAGAGACAAGCACCUUUAAACAUACUUGCCAUUAUGAAUGCCUUAGCGAACAUAAUUGUAAAUGUAAACUAUAUGUAAAGAAAAAAAAUUUACACUCAAAGUAUAAACACACAUGAUAUGAUACAUAAUUACACAAAUGAUACACAGUGAGAAUAUUAAACUAAGGAUGAAUAUUAAAAGAAAAAAAUAAUGUCGUGAAAAUGUAUCCUCGGUGGCAAUACUCGACUUCGCCCGUCCACUUAGUCUAGACCGUUCACUGAAUCACUCACUAACUCAUCGAGUCACUCACACUCACGCCUGCUCUUAAAUUUUCAUCAACUGAAAACGACUAUCAAUUUAUUAUCCUAAUUGAAAUCAGAAUUACAAAGAAAAAUCUACAAGCUGCAACUGAAAAUUAAAACUGCUGAUGACUUUAAUCUACCAAUUUAUGGGGAUCACAAACUUUCUUUGAGAAAUUUGAAUACACACUACCAUUGUGAAAGAAUCUAAGGCAUAAUAUUGGUUAGUCUUACCCUUAUUUCUCUCCGCGUAUUUCUAAUGCCAUAUUGAAUUUUUUUUUUUUCUUUUAUUCAUUUUUUGGUUUCUCUUUUCACAAUCACACAAUCAACUAGUUUAAAAAGUGACGCUCCAAUGAUCUUCAAUUCUUGAUAUUCAAACUACUGAAAAUAUAUUUCAACCCCCAAUAAUUGUCACGGUGAUUUAUAAAGCGACGAGAAAAAAAAGUUUCAAAAAGCAUAUCAUUCGAAUGUUUCACUUUACGUUGAAACCCCAUAGGUAUGUAACGUUAUUCGAAGCAAUGGGCUAAGCAUACGAAGUAAUAGUGUAAUAUUUAGAUUGAAAUUAAUAACAAAAACAAGAGCAUAACAUAGUCAAUUCUGAAACAUAUACCUAUUAUUACAGCUGAGUAAUGAAACAAAAACAAAAAAAUAAUAAGUUGAAUAUUAAAUAUAUAAUAUGCAUUCAGCGGUGCAGUUUGAACAAAAUAAAGAAUAGCAUUAUGCCAUAAGUUAUUUCCACGAACACAAAUGUUAGUACAAUAUAGGCUCACAAGUGACAUACUUUCAUGUAUAUAAUUAGUCUCUCAAAUUUUUCGGAAAAACUGUAAAAUUGUUCUAUCAUGUGGAAUUUGAGAUUUUAAUUUUAAUUUCUUGCUUAAGAUUUGAUUUACUUUUUCUCCCACUCGUGUCACGUGUCGAUCUAUAGUGUAUUUUACAAACUUAUACAUUGCAUAAAGGAAAAAAAAUGAAUAGAUAAAUCAAAUAAUUUAACUAACACUAUAGUAAUCGUAGCUGUUGAAGAUGAAUGGUUAUAACUGAAUAGUGACGGACGAGAAAUAUAAAAAAAAAGAAAUAUGAAAAAACCAGAUUAAGUAUAGUUGACUCUAGCCUUACGAUGAAGAAACGAUCAUUUUCUAAUCGCUGUAUUUAUAAUCAAACAAGAAAUCCUUCAUUUUUGCGAGAGUUCAUUCGAUUAGGUAAUAAAUGAAUAAAUUUAAAAAAGCAAAAGCAAAAACACAACGGAUACUCGCGACACAUAUUUUCUAACGAAUAUUAGAAACAGGAGAGAUAAUAAAAGUGGUAGAAUUACAAAACAAAAAAAAUACAUAUAUAUACACGUAUAUAAGUAUCUUGUGAUUCGCGCUUUAUUCAAAAAAAGUAAAUAUAAUAUUAUUAGUGAGUUGGCUAAUGAUUUUAGCGGUACAGUUUAUAUAGAAGAAAGUAAAUCAAUAAAUUAGAUGUUGAAUACAAAAAAGAAAACAAAAAAAAAAACCAAAAACAAAACCUAAAACAAAAAAAAAUAACAAUUAAUUAAUCAAACAGGCAGAACAGUAGCUCAAAUUUAGAUUUGCAUAUCUUUGACAUAUAUCAGGUGAUAGGAAGUUAAAGGAUGAUUAAUGUGCGUCGUGUAAAUCAAACCUUUACGUUAGGAACGAGAUUAACGAUGAAUGAAUCGGAGUUAGGAAUUUCGACUAUAAAUCAUAUUAUAUAAUAUAUGGUCGAUGUGUAAAUAGAUCAGGAAAUUUAUUGACGAAGAAAAAUACAAUUGACGAAUCGUGGUUGAUGGUUAUUUUUCAGACUCUAACACCACGGAUUAUACAAAGUCAAAAACUAUUGACCUGUAAUUAUAAGGCAUGGAUGAUGUAAGAGCAAUUUAACGCUUUGCGUAACACCUGGUACAUUCCAAAGUAUCAUUAUUAUAAAGAUCGUUUUGCAUUACCGCGAGAAGCAAAAAAUUUACAAAAUCAGAAGUCACAACUUAUAUUAUAUCUGUACUUGAUCAUAACACCCUAAAACUCACCUAGUAUUAUUAUAUUUAAAUAUAACUAUAUUAUUUAAGAGAUGAAGAAGAAGAAAAAGAAAAGAAAAAACUAAAAAACAUAGGCCUAAAUCUAUACGUCGAAAAAAUGUUUUCUUCCCUUUUUUUUUCUUCAAGGAGAUCCGAUAUUAUAGAUGAUCUUUUCGUUCAUUUUUUAAUCAAUAUAUUAUUGAUCAUUGUUCAUUCAGUUUUACGUUGUAUAAUUCAAUUGUAUAUAGGAUACCCUAGAAGACGUGCGAUUUCAACCAUAGCUAUAAAUGUUAUCCAUAUAACAUAUUCGAACAUUUAAUUAUAUUUCGAAACUAUGAUUCUGCAACGAUAUUCGUUGUGAAAUUGACACUUAACAUUGCAUCGCGAUUGUUGAAGACUCCAAAUGAAUUUUCUCAAAAUUUUCACCCUUUUCAUUUUUCAACUUGAAAGAAAAUAAGAAAAAAUCUUGUUUCAUUAGGAAAAAAAUUGUGAAAUAUAACAUAUAGCAGCGAGCGCAGUUUAAUAUAGGACGGAUUAAUAGAUUUUAUCAUAAUUUUAUUUUUUAUCUUAUGAUUUUUAGGUAUGUAAUUAUAGUCGUAAAAAAUAAGCUGAUAUUCUGAUAGGCUGAGGAUAUUAAUAAUUACGCUCACAAUUUUUUUAUUAUCUACUUUAUUUGAUGGUUAAUUUUUUUUUUUUAUUGUCUUCAAGUUAAAUACGAUAUAUUGUGCAUAGAAAAAUUGUUUACUGGUAAUUUGACUGGAAUCAAAUAACGAGAAAGGGUUAAACCAUACGUGCAAAAUCAAACCGAUGUUUGAAAACGGAUUUGUUGGUGAAGGAAAAAAAUAAAAUAAGAUUGUGAACAUUUUAUUGAUAUGUUAUACAUACGUCAGCACAUCUUGCCAUAAUACCAUUACGAUAUAGCGAUAUACACGAUCCUAGUUAGACUGAGCCAAUAACAAUAUAAUGUAUUAUAUAAAUAAAUAAAAUGCGUUAAACAAGAUGAAAAUAUUAUAUCUUUUAAAAAGGAAAUAAGCAAAUAAAAAGAGAGAGAGAGAGAGUGAAAACACGAGAAACAAAAAUAAUCGUAAAAGUAUAAAACUGAAAAAAUAACGACAGACAAGAUAACAUACAUAUUUGAGUGAAUCUGACACUAUGAUUAUAUUAAUAUCAUUAUUAAUUAAUAUUACCUAUUAUUAUCAACUAUUGUAAUGACAAUGCUUUGUUAUAUUGUAUGAGAUUGUAGUCUAUUUUUCUGUUGAAAGUAUUGUUAUUGCCUAUAUUAUACUACGCUAUUACUAGUUCAUAUUUUAUGCGUCGAGGCUGUCACUUGAAUUUAUGCAGAUAAUAUUGAUUGACGUCAAGUAAUUGGGAACUAAUCGGAUCAUGAAAAUCAUCAAAUCGAACGAGUUGCAAUUUGUUACAUAAAAAAUAAAGAAAAAGUAACAUGGCGAUGCCCGUAGACACCAAUGUAACAAAACAUUAUAUUAUCGAUCACUGUUGUAAUUGGUUUAAUUUAUUUGAUUUCAUUCGAUUCCAUUUGAUUUCAUUUUUCUUUCCAGUUUCCAUUCUGUAAUAUUUCUGUUAUAAAUGAAUUAUCGAAAUUUUCUCUUGAAUUCCAAUCGAUGGGGUACGUAUUUCCUGGGAUGAAAACUAAAUUUUUAAAAUAAAAUGAAGUGAAAAACGAAAAAAAAAAAAACAAACAAACAAACCAAAAACCAACAGAAACAAAGAAAAAAUAAGAUUAAUAAAAUCGUGUAGAAUAUUUUUUUAAUUGUUGAAUCACUCGAGGGAGCCAAAUUUUUUACUAUACUACAUACCUAAUAUCCAUUAUUAAAAUAUGAACUUUUGAUCGCGCUUAUUUUAAUUAUUAUUAUAAAUUAUGAAAAAAAAAAAUGUUACAAAACUGAAGAUGCAUAUAAAUAAUUAUACUUAUACAUACCCACCAUGCAGGUCUCGUGUGACAUGAUUUUGAAAAAAUAAAGUGAAAAAUUGAGAUAAAAAUGAAUAAAUAAUAUUAUAUUCCGUUUAAAGAAAUACAUCUGAAUAUUUAUGUUACCACGUAGUACAGUGCAGGUAUACAACUAUAAUACUAACCAUGACAUUUGUUCCUACAACAAGAAAGCCAUUAUUUUUUUAAAUCUUAAAACAAAAAUCACAUUUCACGAGACGUAGUUUGUUAACAUAAGAAGAAACUAAAGACACAAAAGAAAUUGAUUGAAAAAAUAAUACUAAAAUAAGAAUGACAAAACGAAGAAAUAAAUAAGGAAUGAAAAAGAAAACGAUUGUACAGCACGUUCAUAUAACUAGCAUUUGUUUGUCGCCAUUAUUUCUAUUUCAAAACAUGUUUUACCCCAUGUACUAUACUUAUAAUCGACAUACACUACGAUUGAAAGUUUUCACAUCUCCAAUAUCUGUACAGAAAUUAUUCAGCAAUUACAAACUUGCUGCUAUAAAAUAUUUUAUUGCAGUAGCCUAAAUUUCAACGAUAGUCAAAGAAAAUCGAUUUCAUCAUUCACAUUCGAAUGAGAAAACAAAAAGUAUAAUUAUCUGAUUCUAGGUCUCGUUAUAAAAAUGUAUGAUUAUUGGUAUACAUAUUAAUAAUAUGUUUUAAUAGACGUGUAAGCUAGUAAUGAACAUGUGCAGGUUUAAUCGCUUUUUAGAAAUAUAAUAAUUUCUUCGGUUUUUUUAAAUGUAGCAGAGUUAAGUAAUUAGCGUCCCGUAACAGAAUGUUUGGUGAUACUGUACGGAGAAUAGAGAAAAUGUUGAAAGGUGGAUAGUUCUUGAUCCGAGGGUGCGGGAAUCCGUGAAAAUUAUAUGGUGUAUAGUUGUGUUUCUGAAAAGCGUUUGAAUCACCGCCGCUAUAUAAUAAUGCAAACCAAAGAUGGAUCCGAGACGAUAAUUGUGAUUGUGUAAACGAACAUUGAGAUGAAAGAAUAAGAGUAAUGAAAUGUUGAAACAUAACGUGAAAACCAUUUCAGCAAUAGAAUCACUCCUCGAAUCACUACAACGUUAAGAGGAUAAUAAUAUGAUAUAUAAUUAUUGAUGAUGAGAAAGUCGUUGAUAUUUUUUAUCAAAAGUGCUCAGCGAGGUCCAUACUUGACUCACUCACUCACAUCAUCUACUAAUAUGAAUAUGUGCUUUAUAUAGUUUAACAAAAUAAACCAUUACAAAAA